AUCCAGUGGAAAAAUAAGUGCAACAUUGCCCAAAUAAUUCCUUAUUCUUUAUUGGUGCACUCAAACGUCGAAUCUUUUCAUACUUCUGUAGCUCAAUAUUUCGCAUAUUGCACGUGCCCUGGGUUGCCAUGCUUAACGGAAGUUGUGUUAGUUGGCACAAAAAGUUUUCAUACACGCUUUUAUCUAACUGCCAAAUGCCGCAACAUUCAAAUUUCAAAUGUGACAACUUAACUGUGGCAGGACACGGACCCAUACGCACAGCUAAUUUUCGAGCUCGAGCAGUUCACCGCAGCUUUGGACUUUAUCGUAAGAGCUGAAUUCGUAGUGACUCCCGGAUCACUUAUGUGUUUACAUGGCGGCAUUACAAAUACAACAUGGAAUGCGUCGGGGAACUGAUAUUAUUCACGGUCCCGAUGGAUACUCAUACCAUGCAAAUAAGGUUAUGAAAGGUGGAAGGGUUUACGUGCGAUGCUACCGAUACUGUACAAUUCAUUGCAAUGGGGCCGCGAGCAUCGACCCAGAUGUCCCAGACGGCGACUUUCGUCGCUGUAAACGACACAUCCACCCACCGGACCGUCUUCUAUUUCAUCAACGGCGUUUCAGACAUGCUGUGCUGGACAGGUGUCGUGAUGGAGGCGACACCUCCACCUUUAUAGAUAUUUACCACGAGGAGAGGAGGACUUUGAGAAUUCCAGAUGAAGCAGCUGGGGAGGUGCCAUUCUUUAAACUGCGCCCAUCUAUGCAAAGAGCUAGGGCUGAGGGCAGGCCCAACCUUCCUCACACAUUGAGUGAAUUGGCUGUAAUCCUGCAGAAUCCACAAUUUGCCCACUUAACCAGUACCCUUGAGGGUGCUGACAACUUAUUUGCUGCAGUAGUGGGACAAACAGCUGAGAGAACUAGAGCAGUCCUUUUCUUCUCACGCCGCAAUCUUCGAUAUAUGGAGGAAAAAGUUUUCAAAAUUUUUUCAGAUGGUACCUUUGUUGUACCAUUAAAUCUAGGCUGUGCUCAAAUCUGGGUUCUGAACACUGUUCGUAUGAAUCAUAUCAUAACCCUUGGCUGGGUAUUAAUGCAGUCUAAAUUGACUGCAGCCUACAUAGUGGUUCUGCAAGCCCUAAGGCGUCUAGCACCCAAUUUCAGGCCGACAGAGGUCAUGUGUGAUUUUGAGUGGGGCGAACAGACAGCAUGGGCGGAGGUAUAUCCUAAUGCCGAAGCAAGUGGAUGUUAUUUUCAUUUUUGCAGUAAAACAUGCGAAAUGGCAAAGGAGUUAGGGUAUGUUGGACUCCUGCGGGAAAACUUACAGGCAGAUAGUGUGGUCCGAUCACUCUGUGCCAUUCCCUUGCUCCACACGGACAACUUGGUUGAAGGAUUUGAGAGUGUCCUAAACCGGGCCCUGGAAUUGCAUUUGGAUGAACUUGGACCACUCUUCGACUAUUUUCUGAGAACAUGGCUGACCCCUGCAAGAAGAAGAAUCUUGUCAGUCUAUGAGUCUGAAGAUAGAACCAACAACAUCUCUGAGUCCCAUAACAGGACUCUCAGGGCGCAGGUCAAAGUUGCCCAUCCAAAUGUCUUCCAGCUACUUUCUGGGUUUGUUCGUUUGGAAGACAUAACAAGAUUUGACUUGGAGUGCUUCGACAAUGGGCAGCCCAUUAACUUAAACCGUCGACUAAGUGCCAUCGCCAAUGACCAGCGCAUCAAGCAGUUGACAAGAGAUUUAAAUGAGGGGAACAGGACUGUUGAUGAGUUCCUGCGAGCUGCCUCAAGAAGGAUCCAGGGCGUCUAUGACGCCAUCCUUGCCUAAUAAUUGGCAAG